AUGCUCCGGAGGCAGAGCCGGGACCCCGCAGCCCAUGGAGCAGCUCUGCCCAUGGCUCACAAUGACUCUCGCUCCUUCCUCAACCUGUCCCAGCUGGUGCUCUCUGCUGGCCAGAUCAAACCAUCGCCGGCGCUCAAGCAUUCGAAAAUCACCUACUUUGAAGUAGAGAUUGUUGAUGUGCAGAGCAAGAAGCAGAUCUGCAUUGUGGACAAGGUACCUCCAGCAUCUACCGUUCUUGAUGUGAAACACAAAUUCCACAAAGCAUGUCCCCAGUGGUACCCAUCCCGUGUUGGCCUGCAACUGGAACACAACGGGCCCUUUUUGAAGGAUUCCAUCAGCAUCCAAAGCCUUGCUGUCUCCUCCAUCAUUACACUGUAUUUCACAGACCUGGGUCAGCAGGUUGGUUGGACCACAUUUUUUCUAACAGAAUACACCGGGCCUCUUCUCAUAUAUCUGCUCUUCUACAUUCGCCUCUCAACUAUUUAUGAUCAAGUGGAAAGCAGGAAGAACUUCCGCCACCCAGUGGUUCACUUGGCCUGCUUCUGUCACUGUUUACACUACAUCAGGCAUCUUCUGGAGACAUUAUUUGUUCACAAGUUUUCGGAAGGGCACACUCCUCUGAAAAAUAUGAUAAAGGGCUGUGCCUUUUACUGGGGAUUCACAUCCUGGAUUGCAUACUACAUCAACCACCCACGGUACACGCCGCCAUCAUUUGGCCACAAACAAGUUUCUUAUGCUGCUCUUGCUUUUCUGAUGUGUGAAGCUGGAAAUCACUUUAUCAACGUAGCUUUAGCUCACCAAACCAAUUCAGGAAAUAGAACCUGUUUUCCAAGUCCAACCUACAACCCCUUCACGUGGCUCUUCCUGCUGGUAUCCUGUCCCAACUACACAUAUGAGGCUGGGUCUUGGAUUAGUUUCACGGUGAUGACACAAACUCUGCCAGUUGGCAUCUUUGCCUUCCUGAUGGUCAUCCAGAUGUCUCUGUGGGCCCAGAAGAAACACAAGCUGUAUCUGAAGAGAUUUUAUCCAGAAGUGAGAAGAAAAGCAGCUAUGAUCCCCAUCAUCUUCUGA